CAUAACACAGCACAGCAGCAGCACACCCUCCCUGGCUGUGCACAGUACAGUGUAGCAUGCAGAUGUAUAGGUAGAAGUCUGUACAUGACACGGCAGCUCUCCCCAGUGUGUGCAUGCAGCAGUGCCGCCGCCGCGGCUAUGAGCAGCUUUCUUCCCUUCUCUCUCUCCUAUACAUACCCAGCUGUAGCCACCAGCCGCCCUCCCCCCGCAGCCGCCGCCAUCUUGUACUGAUUCCUCCUCCUCGGUUCCCUGUUCACUGCGCCCCGGGGGCCUCGGCCUCCUCCCCUCACUCGAGGCUGCAGGAGGAUGCCGGGCCCGAGGAGGAGUCAUGAGUAUGAAAGGCAGUGUGUGCCGCCCGAGGCACGAAGACCCCUCGCCGGGGGAAGAGCUUCAGGAAAGCUCGGGGCUUGCGGGCCGGAGUAGGCCGCAGCCUGACAGUUGGGCUGGAGAGCAGGGGAAGGGUCAGGCCGGGCUCAGCGAUCCCUGCGGCAAGCUUGGCUGUGAAGCGGGGGCCCUGGCGGAUAAGGGGGCUGGGGGAGCUGCCGGGGCGGCGGUGACCGGGGCCGGGGCAGCUACCACGGCGGCCACGGGGCAAGGCCAGGCCCCGGCCUCGAGCUCUACGUCCCCGGCCGGCCCGCGUUGGAGGCCGCCGCUGCGAGGGGGCGCCGGUCCCGGGGCCUGCCUCAAACAGAUUGUCCUCCUGCAGUUGGACCUAAUCGAGCAGCAGCAGCAUCGCAUACAGGAGCGGGAGCGGCAGAUCGGGGAGCUCCGGGCUGAGAAGGACACGCUUCUGGCCCGCAUUGAGCGGAUGGAAAGACGUAUGCAGUUGGUCAGAAAGGACAGUGAGAAGGAUAAACAGCGCACGUCUCAAAGCCGAGAGUCGGCAGUCGACAUGCCAGAGGCACCCCUUCCAGAGAGUGCAGGGGGUGGGGAGUUUCCCCCAGAGGCCUCCCCUCGGCUUUCAGGCCUUAACCCAAAACCCUUCUCCUAUGGCCGAAAUGCAAAAGGUCACAAAAGGAAAUCUGCUUUUGGUAGCGCAGAACACAGGACUCCUGUGAAGAGAUUGUCUUCUAACCUCUCAAAGUUAAAGGGCAAGAUGUCUCGGUUGCCGACAGAAACACAGGAUACAGAGCCUGGGGGCUCGGUGUCUGAGAUGGCCUGUCAGCGAGAGCUGCGUAGCAAAGAGACUUCUGAGCACUCACAAUCUCCAGUAGAUGCUCACCUGAGGUCUGCGUGGGGCACCUCUGCAACAGCCUCAAUAAAGGACAGUGACCUAAACCCUGGCGAAGUAGAUUCUCUACCCUACCUCGCCACCACGGACAUGUAUCUAAGCCGGUGGCAUCAGCCACCUCCUUCCCCGCUGAGGGAACCCUCCCCCAAGAAAGAAGAGUGUGUGGCAAUUCCUUCAUGGAGAGAACAUCCUAUAGAGCCUUUGCAGGACUUGAGUGCAUCAGAUGUACCAGAGAAUUUGGAUGACGCAGUGUUCGCUAAAAGACAUGCCAAGUUAGAGCUAGAUGAAAAGAGGAGAAAAAGGUGGGAUAUACAGCGGAUCCGUGAGCAGAGGAUAUUACAGCGACUGCAGCUGAGGAUGUUCAAAAAGAAAGGGAAUCAGGAGAGUGAGCCAGAGGUUACCUCUUUCUUUCCAGAUCCUGAUGAAGUGGAAUCUGUGAUGAUCACCCCCUACCUCCCUGUUGUGUCAUUUGGACGCCCCUUGCCCAAAAUAACACCACAGAAUUUUGAGCUCCCCUGGCUUGAUGAGCGGAGUCGAUGCCGCAUUGAAAUGCAGAAGAAGCAGACUCCACACAGGACACCCCGUAAAUAGACUGGGAACCCAUGUCUUGUGACAACGUUUAAAUAUUGAAUUAUAUGCACUGCAAGUUGAUGUAUACAAAAUAACCUCGUGUGGCCUGCAAUUUGUUUCACACCCCGCUGGCUGUGAAAGUUCAGUCACAGGAUCGCCCGAUUUAAUGGUGUAUUGUUAGACCAAGUUAACUAAACUAAAUCUCUUUAAUUGCUUCUGGAGAAGAAAUAUUGUCAAUUAUUUUUUUACAUAAAUUGAAUUGCUCAUUUGUAUUAUCUUUACUGCCUAGUCUGUGGGGAGUUCAGUUUUCAUGCCCUUUCUUCAUUGUAAUGUCUUGCUUACCUAACCUAGCAUUUCCUUUUACUUGUUAACACCCUUCAUUCUGCAUAUAUAACAUUGCAAUACCUGAACAUACAUGAAUAGGGAUCCAGUGUUCUUGGAACAGAAAACGGGCACAUUCACAAUGUGUUUAAAUCAGUCUAUAAUAGCCCCCCCAUACUUGUUACUUCAUGCAAAACCUUUUAUAGGGGCAUGGUCCUAUUAUUUUAUGAGAAUCAGCAGUUGGUUAAAUGAAAAUUGGACAAUCCUAGGAAAUUAUGGAAGGCUUUCAUAUCCCGAACAUUGUUUCCUCAGGGUGGUUCAAUGCAAAUUGGCCAGGGUUUUUUCUAGCCUGCUUAACGCCCACCUAAAAAUAGCUCUAGCAGGCACCAACCACCUCUACCCUUAACAUGAGCUACUGUCUGCUAGCUUAUAAACUUCCUGUCAUUUCUUCUCCAUCUCUAAAGUUCUACCAUACUAGUGAUGUCUUGCCCAAACCAAUACAAUCUGCCCUUUGUUGUGAACAAGCAUGCUGACUAGAAUCUAGUUUCAAAGCCACCUGCUCACUGCAUCUUAUGUCAUGUGACUGUGGCUACCACAGUCGGCAGAACCACUUGGCAAAAGUCUGAGACCUUUUUGCCCCUAUGACUGUAUCCUCUUUUCUGCUACAGAUCGUAGCACAUAACGAUUCUUCGUAUUUUUAGUUAACCAGAAGCAAAAGUAUAUUUUUCCCUUUUGCAUAAACUCUUCUGUUUACCAUUUUUCCAGCUCCAAAUGAAACUGGUGUUCCUAUAACAUAUUGUUACUGCUAUCUGUUUGUUUUUAUUUGCUUUUUUCUUUCUCUGCUCCUUGCCUGACCUGUCUAUAUGCUUGUUAUCCCUUUAUGGAAUGGCUUCCCGUACAUGUGAUCCUAGCAUAUCGGUUCCUUCUCUACUGUUCUCUACAUAAUUUGUACAGGAAAUAAGCAAAGCAUCUCAUCACAUCUAUAAUUUCCACAUUGUGUACUUCCAUUCUUGCUUUCAUUCAUUGCCCUCUCUAGCAAUUCUGUCCUUUCAAGUCAGUGGAUUUAGACUGUAUUUAAUUGUCAACAGUACUUCACAUUUUGUGCACCUAUCGCCUAGAUAUAGUGGAAGCAGUAAUUUUGUGUGCUUAACCAAUUUUUACAGGGUUGCUGUCCGUCAGUCAUAAUACACUGACUUGUUAUAGUGUAAGGCACAAAGUCCUUCAUGUCUUAGUGAAUUAACAGACUACAAAAUGGCUGCUUCCACUGUGUAGGUGAGGGCUGAAAUCUAGAGAGCCGUAAUGUUACGUAAAAUUGCUGACAGCAGAAAACUCGUCCUGUGGUCCACGAGAGAGAGCAUUUAUCGUCCCUAUCCAAGUUGGCAUCGUCAUGAUGUAAGACAAGUUGUCUGAAACGGCCCUUAUGUACGUGGAAAGUGACAAUCCAGACCGCCUCGUCUACAAGAUAGCAGCAGUGUUAACAAAUAUUUUAACACUGUUAGAGAAAAAGCCACAUACCCAUUCAAUGCCAGAAGGGCCUGCAUUGCAUUGAUCUACAGACAACGGGGUCACACCUGAACUAUACGUCCUCACAGUGAAAACCAGUUUACAUCGUUGCAAACUAUUCAUCUUUCUCACAGUUCAAGUUCUGUUUUUCUUUUUCUAAUGUGUAAAAAUUUGUUUCAUUGUAAAUAUUUUAAAACAAGUAAUGUCUUGGGAGAAA